UGGGGACGAGGCAGUUUUAAAACAGCUACCAAACCAUAAAGAAUCCCGUUAUCGGAGAGUGCUGUAAAUUGCUGCAAAAUGCAGCUCACAAGGAUUCUUUUGGGUGCAACCAGAGGAGUGAUGACAAGUAAAAGGGGAAACAAAAACUUUUACAAAGGUAGAGGUGUACGCAACCCUGGUUUUAUCACUAAAAAAGGGAAGUUUGUUGUAGUGCCUAAGAAAGUUCCAGAGUUCGUUGUUCCUGAUCUGACUGGAUUCCAGCUCAAGCCAUAUGUAGCAUGGAAAACACCAAGGGCGCAAACAGAACCAAUGACUGCAGAGAAACUUGUCAGAGAUAUUAAAAUGAACAUUAACAGGAUAGAACAUUUUGAAGUGCCAUAGUUACAGUUAAUAUCAAACAAUGUUUAUCAAUGUUUCAACUGUGUUGAAACCAUUUUGAGACCCUGUUGAUCCCAUCUGCUAACCAAUUGCUUGCUUCAACAAACAAGUACUAUCAGGAAUGAGUGAAAACAUGUUUACCCUGUAACUAGAAACUAUAUUUAUGCAUUUCGUUAUGAUAGAGUAAUCAAAAUAAAAUUUUGUUGUACAAGGAAAAUCUCUUUGAAGAGUAAAUGAUGGUAUGGAUUUUUA